ACAGAGCAUCGGCCGCUGUUCGAAAGGUCCCCGUGUGGCUUAGGAAGGAUAUUCUACGACUUGUAAGACCGCAAUGUUUGUCGUUUAAUUUAUUCCAUUUUACGACUUGUAAGACCGCAAUGUUUGUUGUUUAAUUUAUUCCAUUCUACGGCUUGUAAGACUGCAAGGUUUUUUUCGAUUACUUCAUUCAAUUUUAUGACUUUUAACAUUGCAAUGUUUAUUGUUCAAUUGUGUUUCCCCUUUUAUUCAAUAAGACUUCACUGUUAGCGGUGAAAAGUAGAUCAUGAUUACGGAAUAGACUGUGAAGCACAAGGCCACUCUAAGACUUCUUAAGGCUACGAGCCCACCUUUACCUGUCAACGGAUAUUCAAUGCUUUUCAAAGUGUUCCUAUUUCAUUUGAUUUCUAGCAGCUUAUUUCUAAGGCAUUGGACCGAUGAAGGUAAAUUGUAUUGUACGUCUGAAAGUUAUAGGCACACACAAAUAACUUUUUCUUUUUUUUAAAUAGAAAGAGAAGUGAUAAAUGUCAUUGUUGACGUUGUGGUUUAUUUGAGGCAUGGUGUUGUUGUAACGUCAUCUCCACGUUUCAGCCAAAUAUGGCUGUAGGUUGACAUUGAUUUCAACUUCAUGCUUUAUUUAGACUUUGACGUUCUGGAAUGUUUUCUAAAGCAACUUUGGUAGAGGGGGAAGUUGACGCAUUGCCGCCGUGGUAGAGUGGGAAGUUGACGCAUUGCCGCCGUGGUAGAGUGGGAAGUUGACGCAUUGCCGCCGUGGUAGAGUGGGAAGUUGACGCAUUGCCGCCGUGGUAGAGUGGGAAGUUGACGCAUUGUCGCCGUGGUAGAGUGGGAAGUUGACGCAUUGCCACUGCCAUUGUUUUGCGGGAACUUUCUUGAUCUUAAUAAAGUAUUAAAAUUAAAAUAUAUUUUAAAAGUGUUUCAAAUCCUUUCUCAUAAAACAUUGGAGCAAUUUACAGACUGUUUGUAGGCCAUAGUCUAAAUUUUUAAGGGGUUGGUAAAUUUUGGUCGGACGGUUGUGGGAAAACAAAGCUGGUAAAAUACAACGUGAAAUAAUUCAUCAACAGCCGACUAAUACAAUCUUCCUCUACGUGUGUUAUCGGCCGCAUGAGGUUACUGUUAACUUUGUUAACAUAUGCGUUUAUUAUUUGGUCUCGAGGCUAUACGAAUUACCAAGACCUAUAAUAACAUAUUUCAACAGAUGGAAGUUCAUUUCAAACCGGCAAUGGAACUGUGUGAACUUUAGAUGUGUCCUUGAACUUAUUAUCCAAUCUAUAGGCGUAUCAUCACUGAUGCCCCCCCCCCACACACACAAACACACACUCACAAACACACACUCACACUUUAACCCUUCACGGGACAGGGGCGUAGAAAGGGGUCGAGGAGGGGGUGGUCUGCCCGAGGCGCCCUUUCUUUUUCCUCCUUCAUACAGUGAGAGGGUGACAUUGUUGGUCGACUGCAUAGUUUAUUUAUUUAUUUAUUUAUUGGGGAGACAAACAUCUCGCCCCAGCCCGUGCAGCACCUACCCUAGCUACGCCGCUGUCACGGUAGUAUUAUACUCAUUUAGUCAACUGUCUUUGCACUACCCCCCCCCAACCCCACACACACAUACAAAAUAUAAAAAAAACUAUAAGUUCAAAUCAACUACCGGCAGGAGACUUGAGAUGUGAUUGCUCGUUUGAUUGAUUGCCUGGCCCCGCCCAGUCACUUCAGCUCAUUAAACACGAAGGAAGGGGAGAAAAAGCGCAGAUCGCUUGAUUGAGUUAAUGAGAGUCAUCAACGUUUCAGUUGAGCCAUGGCCACUCGGUGUUAGAGCCAAGUGGAGUGGAGUGAGCCCAUCAAUAGCCAUCAAACCACGGUACGGAAGUCCAGGCGGACGGAACUCCCAUGUCUCACGCAGACCUAUGGAACUGUUCUUGUAGAUGUUGAAGUUUCAAACCUUUUGGCGGAGUCUGUGGAACACAGUGCAGGGGUAAAAAACACUCACAGGUACACGGUGAUUUCGUGCAUGGACAAUGCUUUGCGAAUAUGACUACGAUAUUCGGCGUUGAUUAAAAAAAAAAUUUCACUUAUUUUUCUUAAACAGAAAGAAAAAAAUAUUUAAAAAAUCAUCAAAUUAGUCUUCAAUGAUCAAGUGCUGAAAUUCGGGGAUAUAAUUGUAUCGACCUUCACUGGAUAACUGCUGCACUUUGUGUUUGACUGAGCUGCCAUUUUCGAAAAAUUACAUGUUUGCCCUAACUCUACUCGUCGCUGGAACAAAUAGUUUAUGGUAUUAAUCUCUUUGGUAUUACAAUUGUGUUUUAUUUACUGAGAUUAAAUUUUAUUUCCUAUUUAAAAAAAAAAAAAAAAAAAAAAAAAAAUUUUUUUUUUUUUUGUACGUCGUGUUUCGAUUACUUUAAAGUGUCCUCGUAUAGCUGUGUCAAAUGACGCAUCGUUUAUUGUGGUUGCGAACUUUGGCGUUGUAGGUCAAUAGUUUUUUGGGGAAUCUCCACAAAUUAGUCUCAGAUUUGUAUGUAAACAAUUGUAUCAUCACCGCAAGUCAAUAAUUUGACACUUUAAUCUCCUAAUACCCAAUGACUGUCCAAGUGGAUUAAGAUACCCUGCCACUUCUGUGAACGCAUGUGGGCGGGUUGUGGCUUUCGGUGUGGUGAAUCGUACGUUAUUUGAUAAGCACAAUGGGUCUAGCUAACAUUCAAGGUUUACGUAACAUCAUCUGUUAUCCAGUACCGGUCAACGUCCUUAUUCAUUUCAAAUCAUUGUGUGCAGUGGCGUAGCUAAGAUGUGUGUCGUUUGUGGCAAACGGGCGUGGCAAAGAUUUCUUUCCCACGCGCUUCCACGAAAACACUCUGUAGUUGGCCGGAAAUGUCUCCCCUUAAUAUAUAUGAAAGGUGUUGCCCGGGGAUAGUACUUGGAUAAUAAUGUUCGACGUCUUGUUCCAGGGGCGUCUCGAUAACUCACCAUGCCACUUCUUGCUACCACAUUGCUCAAGAUCAGAUAUGAAUAAGAGCUUAACGAUCAUUUUGACGUGGAGCUGGGCUCAUGUUCUCAAGAGCAGAGCUCAGCUCGCACCAAAUAAAAUUGACACAAAGUGAGGCACGUGUGUGAAAAAUUUCAUAAGUCAUGAAGACUGGGGGAAAGGGGGGGGGGGCCCUAAAUGGGUCCGACCCUGCUCAAGUCAAACUGCAAUGUCGCUGGCCUGUGAUAUUUACAGCUGGCGUGUCACCGGCAACAGUUUUGACACGCGCUGGAUGCUCUCCACUAAUCUCAUAGAGAUCACUCCGAUCUAGUUCAGCGCCGAUAACUCUCGGCCGAUAUCGAUAGCUUGAGACAUUGAUUCCCGGCCCGCGGUGGUGACGCCGUGUUUGCUGACCUCAUGUUGACCUGUCCAGGUCAUCCGGUGGGUGAGACCCUUCCUGGCUUGACAGAUCUCAGUUUUGUCGUUUCAUUUUUCCCGUCGUUUGUCCCCGGGGGGAGGUCGAAUCUCGUCUGACUGGUCUGCACACAGAAAUCUGCCUGCACACAGAAAGCUGUCUGCGCGUGACGUUUCCCUUACAUGUAUUAGUGUGAGGAUAUAACUUUAGUUUAUCUGGAAUUUAUACACAGUUCAUUUUUACUCUUCUUCAUUCAGGGUUGUUGUCUGCGGUGUUCUUUGUUUCAUUUCUAUUUUCUAUUUCUAUUUUCUAUUUCUAUUUUCUAUUUCUAUUUUCUAUUUUCUAUUUUCUAUUUUCUAUUUUCUAUUUCUAUUUUCGAUUUCUAUUUUCGAUUUAUAUUUUCUAUUUCUAUUUUCUAUUUUCUAUUUUCUAUUUUCUAUUUUCUAUUUUCUAUUUUCUAUUUUCUAUUUUCUAUUUUCUACUUUCUAUUUCUAUUUUCGAUUUCUAUUUUCUAUUUCUAUUUUCUAUUUCUAUUUUCUAUUUCUAUUUUCUAUUUCUAUUUUCUAUUUCUAUUUUCUAUUUUCCAUUUCUAUUUUCUAUUUCUAUUUUCUAUUUCUAUUUCUAUUUUCUAUUUCUAUUUUCUAUUUCUAUUUUCUAUUUUCUAUUUUCUAUUUUCUAUUUUCUAUUUUCUAUUUCUAUUUUCUAUUUCUAUUUUCUAUUUCUAUUUUCUAUUUUCUAUUUCUAUUUCUAUUUCCUAUUUCUAUUUUUUUUUUAACUUUUCAACUUUUAUUUUCAAUAAUUAGCAGACAUGUAUAACUACAAUAUCAACCUAUCCGUUAAUGAACACGCCAGGGGCAAGUAACUCCGACAGAUAUCAGACGCCCCUCAUCCACCAAUUAAAUUGUCUCCCAUAUUCAUGAUAUUUUCUUCCAUUUUUUCUUCCAGAUACCACUGAACGACAUCUGAUCCAACCUACUCCUCCAUAUCCGCAUCCGUGGAUUACUUCGUUCACCAAAAUUCCUGCAAAUGUUGACUUCUCAUUAGCCCAAAACAAGUAGGAAAAAACAAAAAACAAAAAGACCUGGAUGGCAUUAAUCCGUACAUCUGUCACAUCAUCCAAACCCGUGACCUCGUCUGUUUCAACUGUCACAUCAUCCAAGCUGAACAUCGCCUGUGUAUGUUUGUCACAUCGACGACAGCCUUAAUCAUAACUCCAAAUAAUUUCCGUGCCCCCGAGGCCAAGCUUCUCGGCCCCCAUCCAGGUGUGAGAGGGCAGAUACACAUUUAGUGUGUGAAUAGCGUCGACUGCAAUCUAUUCUCACGUCGGUUUGAUGCCCGCGUAUCCAUUUAAACGCCACGAUUGAUUUUUCUCCACUUAAAGAUUCCAUAUUUUGGAUUAUUUGUUUUGUUGUAUCGGAUGCAAUUGGGGAAGAAAAAAAAGAUCGAAUUUGGAUUGAGUAAUAUUUAAUUAAAUCAAUCAGCUCCUGGGAGAAGUUAUCAUCUGUGAAGAGAACACUUUGACCUGGUGAGAUUUUGGAAAAAAAAUUUACAAAGCUGACCUCUGACCUCCCCACGGCCACAUUCCUGACAUCACCUCAGACUAACAACAUGUCCAAUCUUCCAGUCUCAAAACAAGCUGUGAUCGAUGUCCUCAUCUUUGUGGCAUGUAAGUUAUGGCAUGUUCUUAAAUUAUAUCAUAUUUAUAACAGAUGAGUUCUCCACUUGUCCACGCAUAUUCCCAUACUAUUAUAUAUUUAACCUUGACGAAGGGGUGGGGGGGUGAGGGAGGCAGCCACCUUCCGUCUUCUCCGAGUCACCAAUGGUAGCUUUGCGUUCAUCCUAGAUAUCAUAUUUUUAUCAUUUUUCCCCCCAACCACAAGGAUUACCUUAUCAGCCACUCCCAAUUUUAUCAUGAUUGAAGUAUCAGAUUUUUAAAAAGUGUUAAAAAAUAAAUUAAAAUCUCCAGGAUUAUGUCGCCUCGUGCUACAUUUCCACCCAGCUCCGUCUACAUCAUCACCAGAGUAACGACACAAAGCCUAUUUGAUGUUACGACCUUAAGUAUACAAGUAUAAACGUUCAUCAAUGGCGCCACAACCCAUGGAGGGCUCUUGCCUUCUCCGUCCUAUAUUUCCACUCAGACCCGUCGUGGCUUUUCGUCUUCAUGUAAACCCGUCUCCACAUCAUCAACCCGUCUCCACAUCAUCAACCCGUCUCCACAUCAUCAACCCGUCUCUACAUCACCAACCCGUCUCCACAUCAUCAACCCGUCUCCACAUCACCAACCCGUCUCCACAUCACCAACCCGUCUCCACAUCAUCAACCCGUCUCCACAUCAUCAACCCGUCUCCACAUCAUCAACCCGUCUCCACAUCAUCAACCCGUCUCCACAUCAUCAACCCGUCUCCACAUCAUCAACCCGUCUCCACAUCAUCAACCCGUCUCCACAUCAUCAACCCGUCUCCACAUCAUCAACCCGUCUCCACAUCAUCAACCCGUCUCCACAUCAUCAACCCGUCUCCACAUCAUCAACCCGUCUCCACAUCAUCAACCCGUCUCCACAUCAUCAACCCGUCUCCACAUCAUCAACCCGUCUCCACAUCAUCAACCCGUCUCCACAUCAUCAACCCGUCUCAAUCUAUGUCUACCAAAGAGCCGUGUUCCCCUUGGUUUCUGUCUGUAGACCACUUUUGCUCGUCUCUGAGCUGUCCUGUCCAGAGCAGCCCGCCUCUUUUAAGCGCCGUGAUUGGGGUGAGUCUGAUGCGUACUAGCGGUAUAUUUCUUUGGGUUGUCCAAACUCUCCCAGCAUCACUCUCUGCGCUGGCAGGUAUAUCUUUGUGACGAUGCUACUGUCCAGCGUACGCCCUUUGUGAAGUUCCAUGUUCCUUUUGAAGGUCCAUGUCGCCCACGUACAUUCCUUGAGAAAUUCAAUGUCUCCCACGUGAGUUCCUUGUGAAGUUUCAUGUCUCCCACGUACAUUCCUUGGGAAAUUCAAUGUCUCCCACGUACAUUCCUUGUGAAGUUCCAUGUUUCUCACGUAUGUUCCUUGCGAAGUUCUUUGUGAGGUUCAAUGUCUCCUAUGUACAGUCUUUGUGAAGGGGCAUGUCUCCCACGUACUUUCUUGGGACGUUUAUGUCUAACACAUUCGUUCCUUGCAAAGUUUCAUGUCUCCCCCCUAACUUCCUUGUAAAGUUUUAUGUCUCACACCUACGUUCAUUGUAAAGUUCUAUGUCUCACCUACGUUCCUUGUAAAGCUCCAUGUCUCCUACGUAUGUUUCCCUGUAAAGGGCCACAUCUCUCCUGCAUACAUCACUAACAGACUACCAACCACUAACUUAACUUGCGACUCUUUUUUGUGUGGUCAGUUUAUCUCGAGAUGCCAGGGAAAACGUAAGAUCUGCGCAACUCCAUAACUUUACACUCUUGGACUUAACAUUCCGUAGGACUCAUUUAUUACCCAUGUUUAAACCAGGUGCCUUUAUCUAUUUUUAGAUCUAAACGCAGUUAACAACCACGGGGAAACUACAUUGUUUUGUUUAUUGUGCUAUCAAAUAUUUGUUGACUUAGAAUCGGGAAAUUCCGGCCUAAAGCACGUAGGUGAUUCUUCGCAAUAAAACCGUCUGUCCUGUCUGAUGUCAUGUGACCUAUCGCAUAAUAUCUUUGAACAUUAUUUGAGAUAGUCAUCUGUAUGACUAUAACUUAUAAAAGGAAUUAUCAAAUUACCAGUUGAAUGUUUUAGUUGAAAAGAGCAAACUAAUAUUUUUUUUUUUUAAACUAAAGGUGAACCGGAAUAUAGUUUAUACACAUACAACACACAAAUAAAAUAUGAAACCAAAUAUAACAUAAAAAUACGUUUACAUGAAGUUAUGGUGAAUGAAAGGCCAGGGUCACAGUCCGUUGAUCGCACCGUGAGAAAGCCAGUGCUACUUUGUCAUGGGGCACCUAGUGAACUAGCUGAACCAAAAGGGACCAUAAAGCACAGGGUAUGCGGGAAACCAUGAACGGGAACUCCUCAAAGCGCAGACCUCUCGGCAUAAGAAGCGGACAGAAUAAGGAUGACCAGAAUAAAAGUAUAGAUUUUAAAAAUGUCAAAGAAACUAAUUGGAGCGAAAUUUAGAAGACGCGGGUCGAAAUAAGUGCGAUAGAAACUAGGGGAUAAAAAUAGAGCUAAGAGUCGUGUCAUGGGAAAACAGACCCGUUGGGGGGGAGGGGGGGGCGGGUAGAAAAUACUACCGAUGGGUGGGUAGAUAAUACUACCGAUGGGUGGGUAGAUAAUACUACCGAUGGGUGUGUAGAUAAUACUACCGAUGUGUGGGUAGAUAAUACUACCGAUGCGUGGGUAGAUAAUACUACCGAUGGGUGGGUAGAUAAUACUACCGAUGCGUGGGUAGAUAAUACUACCGAUGUGUGGGUAGAUAAUACUACCGAUGUGUGGGUAGAUAAUACUACCGAUGUGUGGGUAGAUAAUACUACCGAUGGGUGGGUAGAUAAUACUACCGAUGUGUGGGUAGAUAAUACUACCGAUGGGUGGGUAGAUAAUACUACCGAUGGGUGGGUAGAUAAUACUACCGAUGGGUGGGUAGAUAAUACUACCGAUGGGUGGGUAGAUAAUACUACCGAUGGGUGGGUAGAUAAUACUACCGAUGCGUGGGUAGAUAAUACUACCGAUGUGUGGGUAGAUAAUACUACCGAUGUGUGGGUAGAUAAUACUACCGAUGCGUGGGUAGAUAAUACUACCGAUGGGUGGGUAGAUAAUACUACCGAUGGGUGGGUAGAUAAUACUACCGAUGCGUGGGUAGAUAAUACUACCGAUGGGUGGGUAGAUAAUACUACCGAUGGGUGGGUAGAUAAUACUACCGAGGGAUUCCAAAGAUGUCAGAGAGCCAACGUUAAUGCACAGCUCACUAACAAAGAAAGCGCACAGCGAGCGCAAUCCUAUUGUCGCCGAUACAACUAGGACCACAAAUCGCAUGUGUUUCAACACGCGGGAAAAUUGUCCAGUCUCAAAUCGGGCCGGCAACCAUAGACCUGCGCACUCACUGUCGAAUUCACUUUGAUGCAGCCUUGGACCUCUUAGCAUGCGAUGGACGGUCAACAACAAUAGCCAGUACACACGACCUGAUGCUUGCCCUACCUCUCCGGUUCGAUGACAGUCAAAAGGUGGUUUUGGGGGGAAAGGGGGGGGGGGCGCUGACAACUCUACAAAAAAAAAAAAAAGAUUUUUUUUUAUAAUUACUUUUUUUUUUUAAAUUUACUUACCAAGGACGGAUCACAAGAGUAGUGUGUUACAAUUAUUUUUGUUUUGAAGCAAAACGUCACCAUUUCCGAUGUGGUUAACACCUGCACCACCACCGACGUCACGUGUCUGUAAGUAGCCCACUUCCCGCCAAAUUUCCUGUUUGUUCAUGCUAAUGCAAACCCCCGCGAGGGGGCGCUAUACAUACGAACGAUUUAGCUAUUUUCACUCCUCGCGUUUCACCCUCGCACAACCGUCGUCAGGAUAGCACUUAAAAAAAAAAAAAAAAAUCUUGUUUAGUCGUCUGCCAUGCCUUAUCUCGCGCUAACGAUGAUGUUGUAAUGACUGAAACACCGGCUACUUGUAAACGCGAAGGUCAAAUUCCACUUCUGGCGACGGAUGUUAUUGAAAAGAUUUCCGGACCGCACUAAAUCAUUCAUUCAUUAUACCCCACCCCACCCUACUCUUUUUUUUAUCUCCCCCCCCCUAUUUCUGAUGGAUGUGUUAAGGUGUUUACAUGGUUGUUCCCCCCCCCAACCAGCACCCCCCUUAACCAAACAUCAUUCACCUUUGUGGAUGUUUAUCAAACCGUUUAAGUCAGAGACGUCCCAAUCAAUUUCUCUCCCCACCCCGCCCCCCUCAAAGAAGAAUCUAGAAAUUAAACGUAAUGUGUCCCAUGUUGACUGCACUUGAAAGGAAACACUAUUAUAAGACAAUAUGGUCAUGGUAAAGUGUGCAACCUCCUGGGGUAACCUAGGGGCCCCUGAAACGGGAUACUGUGUCCCCCAUCUAUGUUUUGUCUGCUUUUCACAAGCAUAUGUGUUAUUCAAAGCUAGGGCCCCUAUCUCUUGGCUCUCCCCCAAAAGGCCUUACCCAGCCCCACUCGAGGCCCCCAACAGGCCUUUACCCAGCCCUGCCCGAUGCUCCCAAAGGGCCUUUUUCCAGCCCUGCUUGAGGCACCCUAAAGGCCCGUACCCAGCCAUGCUCGAUGCCCCCAAAGGGCCUUUUUCCAGCCAUGCUCGAUGCCCCCAAAGGGCCUUUACCCCGCCCUGCUCGAGGCCCUGAAUCGUGACCUCCAUACCUAGAGCUGUUUUAAAUGCAAUGCGACGGUUGAUCCCUGAUUCAAUCAAAGACAAUCAACAGAAGGUUGAUCGGAGAUUGUGAAGGUUUUCAGCCAUAGCUGUAAUGAGACUGUUGUUGUUAUCAAGGUAAAUGUUGGUUUUUGUAUGGCUUCAAUUUACAUACAACUUAUGUUAACCACAUCAGUCGAUCAGCUAAGAUUAACCACGACAAGUGUAGAAAGACGGUUAUCUGGGGGAGGAAGUGAGAGAGAGAGAGAGAGAGAGAGAGAGAGAGAGAGAGAGAGAGAGAGAGAGAGUGUGUGUGUGUGUGGAAAAAGAGAGAGAGGUGGGGUGUAGACAAAAAGUAAUUUCUGACACUCGUGAAGUUAAUCUUGUGAAAACAUCCAAACAAUUAGUUGACGAAACAAAUUAUCGUUUCAUGUCGGAAUGUUUUGAUUGAUGGGACAGGCUUGUGGGGUGUCCCCCCAUGUGUGUAUGUUCAGCUGUGUGAAAAGUGGUCCGGUCGUUCUUCAUUGCAAGCUGGCCCAGGAGUCUGUAAGCUGGCAGAGGACUCGGUAAGAUGGCCCAAGUUUCUGUAAGCUGGCUCAAGCGUCGGUGCGAAGCUGGCCUCUAAGUGGCCAAAGUUUCCGUGAGGUCUGUGUCCCAGAAUCAACCUGUUUUGUUCCCACGAAGAGACCAGUUUCGCACUUCACUGAGUUUGAGAUGAAUGUGACACAGAGAACUGAAUCGAACUGGUCGUCUCUAUCUCCUUGGGUCAGUGGAUCACAUAAAACUCUAUCUCCUUGGGUCAGUGGAUCACAUAAAACCUGUACAGAAAUUCAUCUUUCACCAGACAGUCUUUUAGGAUGUUGAGUGAAACUUUGUCACCGUGUGAACAUUAAGAGAAAGCGUAUAGGCUUGUAGAGUGGCCUAGGUGUGUAAAGUAGCCUAGGUGUAUAAAGUGGUCUAGGUGUGUAACUUGGCCUAGGUGUGUAAAGUGCCCAAGGUGUGUAAAGUGGCCUAGGUGUGUAAAGUGGCCAAGAUAUGUAAAGUGGUCUAGGUGUGCAAAGUGGCCUAGGUGUUUAGAGUGGCCAAGAUGUAUUAAUUGGCGUAGGUGUGUAAAGUGGCCAAGGUGUGUAAAUUGGCCUGUGUAUGUAAAUUGGCAUGGGUGUGUAAAGUGGCCUUGUUGUUUAAAGUAGCCUAAGUAUGUAAUGUGGCUUAGGUGUGUAAAGGGAUCUGGGUGUGUAAAGUAGUCUAACUGUGUAAAAUGGCUCUGGUUUGUAAAGUGGCUGAGGUGGGUAAAGUUUCUUAUGUAUGUCAAUAGGACUAGGUGUGUAAAGAAGAAUAUGCAUGAAAACUGGCCUUAUUAUGUAAAGUUUCCUAGGUGUGUAAAGUGGCCUAGGUGUGUAAAGUGGCCUAUGUGUGUAAAGUGGUCUAGAUGUGUAAAGUGGCCUAGGGGGUUAAAGUGGCCUAGGGGGGUUAAGUGGCCUGGGGGGGGAGGGGUAAAAUGACCUAGGGCGCUAAAGUUGCCUAGAUGUGUUAAGUGGCCUAGGGGGUUAAAGGGGCCUAGGGGGGGUUAAGUGGCCGGGGGGGAGGGAAAAUGACCUCGGGCGCUACAGUUACCUAGAUGUUUAAGUGGCCUAGGGGGGUUCAGUGGCCUAGGGUGGUAAGGCGCUAAAGUUGCCUAGAUGUGUUAAGUGGCCUAGGGGGUUAAAGGGGCCUAGGGGGGGUUAAGUGGCCGGGGGGGAGGUAAAAUGACCUAGGGCGCUAAAGUUACCUAGAUGUUUAAGUGGCCUAGGGGGGUUCAGUGGCCUAGGGUGGUAAAAAGACCUAGGGCGCUAAAGUUUCCCACACCACAGCUUCCAACUGAUUAAAUUAACACCAGUCUAUUAUUUCCCACGAGACUUUGAGGACACGAAUCUAUUGCUUCCCACGUGACUUUGAAGUCACCAAUCUAUUACUUCCCACGUGACUUUGAAGUCAUGUCCGUGUUGCGUUUGACCUCCGCUUCUUUUAGUUGACGGUUUGAGGUGAGAGUGCACGUCGCGGUCCAUGAACCGUGACACAUGAGUCGUCAUGACACGUGUCAUUAAGUCGGUCAGAGGGUGUGGAGGAGGGUGUGAGGCAAGUCAGUGCGCUCAGCAGCUCGGCCUCACGUACACCAAGUUACGACCGACUUUCGUUCGACUGAUGGUCAAGGGUCAGUGGGCCUCCAUCGGGCCCUCGCCAAGUGCUCCAACGGGUUCGUCCUGUCUGGUACAGCUCUGCCCACUGAUCCCCCUCAUCAAUCAACACUCUCAGCAAUAUUACAUCAUCACACAUAACAUUCGUGUAAAUACAAUACCGGUAUAACCCUCCUUAAUAAAAAAAAAUUAUUUUUAAAGCAAUUUUUAAAAAAAAUGUACUAUAAUCCCUAUACAGUAAUCCUAUGUUUGCCACUAUUGAGUAAAUGCCAGAUAGAAUUUUGAUAGUUGUGUGUGUGUGCGUUUGAGGGGGGGGGAGGGGUUGUUAUAUCUUCUNGUUGUUAUAUCUUCUUUUGAUUAAAAGAGUGUAUUCUGUGUGUUAACGGGCGAUAUUGUGUAUUAUUGGAAAUAGGAUGGGACCCUAUGUGUCUCUCUCUCUCUCUCUGUGUGUGUGUGUGUGUGUGUGUGUGUGUGUGUGUGUGUGUGUGUGUGUGUGUAUCGGUAUCUGUAUGUGUUGGUGCGUAUCAGUCAGUGUGCAAGUUUUGUUUGUGCCUGUGUGUCCAUCUGAGGAAGAAUUUGGGGAACCGUUGAUAACGUCUCUCAUCGCCUCACCUUGAUAACGUCUCUCAUCGCGACAAUUGUCCUCGUGUCAAUUGUGAGUGAGCGCAACGACAUGUCUGGAUAACAUAAAUCAUAUCUAUGUACAGUGGACACUUUACUCCAGUAUAAAUUGUUUUAAUACAGCAUCAGCCACGGAUAGGCUCAAGAUAUCAACAAAGGACUAUAUCAACAAUAGAUGAUUUCAACAACGGUUAGCACAAUGAUCUUGUGUUGUCUAACAACAAAUCAUUUGUUUGAUUCACUUCUUUGAUGAGUAACCUCCUCAGACAAACCCUUAACCUCUUCAAGUGGUCGGACUUUGUCAUCAUUUCCUCGUAUGACAAAAAAAGUUACUAUUCAUGACGCCGGGUGAUUCUUCACUGUUCCUCAAAUGAGUUAAACUAAGAACACAUCCACAAAAUGAUUGUUACAGUUUCACCUUUAGCAUUCCCGACACACACCCGGGUGGCCGGGGGGGGGGGGUCGUAGUUUGAAAUAAAUGAUAAACAACGUUUGAUUUUAUUGAAUGCCAUUUGGGUUGGGAAUGGACGCGGGGGGGGUUGGUGAUAGAGUGGAUGCAGCAGUAGGUUGAUUCACUGUUCCUCAAAAGAGUUAAACUAAAAACACAUCCACAAAAUGAUUGUUACAGUUUCCCCUUUAGCCUUCCCGGCACACACCCGGGGGGCCGGGGGGGGGGGGUCGUAGUUUGAAAUAAAUGAUAAACAACGUUUGAUUUUAUUGAAUGCCAUUUGGGUUGGGAAUGGACGCUGUGGUAGUUUGUGAUAGAGUGGAUGCAGCAGUAGGUUGUGAUAGAGUGGAUGCAGCAGUAGGUUGUGAUAGAGUGGAUGCAGCAGUAGGUUGUGAUAGAGUGGAUGCUGUUUUAGGUUGUGAUAGAAUGGACGCAGCAGUAGGUUGUGACAGAGUGGACGCAGCCCAUCUUUAAUUUCUUCGUGAAAAGAGAAGGCAUCGACGUAUAGAUUCAAAUUAUACUUCCUCUAAAACAAAUGAUUCCUCCGUGUGGUCUUUGGCGUCCGAUUUAACGCGAGAGUUGUCAUGCGGCUUUGUUGAAGUGGACACACUCAUGCCUGGUCUUGGUAGCCUGAGUAGCCUGACACUUCUAGCCCACGACACAGAUAAUACUUAAACAUGUUUCUAACACACAUUUAUGGUAGCUUAAUUAGUGGGGGGUUUUAUAUGACUAAUCUGUGCUUCUACUUUUAAGCAUAGCCCAGGAUAGUUCAAGCUCUGGAUAACACAGAAGGGUCAUGGAUUUAUCGAUAUUUUUGUACUGAAUGAUCCAAACUUUGACAGGAAAUACGGGGGACGGUUGUAGUGUAUGACACGGUACCUGUCAGUGAGGGGGUGAGGGGGGGGGGCUUUGUCAAGUGGAUUAUGGCCCGCCUCCUCCAGGACCUGGUCUGUGAUCCCAGGAUCUUUGAUUACCAUUGAAUGGUAGAUCUGUAUGGUUUGUUGGGGAGAGAGUGUGGGUGGGAAGGGGUAUCAGUGGUGUAUGGGUGGGCGGCGGGGGUAUGUUUUUGAACGGGGUACGGUGGAAGGGGUCUGGAUGGAUGGGAGUAUGGUGCAAGGGGUAUGGUGGAAAGUGUAUGGAUGGAUGGGAGUAUGGUGCAAGGGGUAUAGUGGAAGGGGUCUGGAUGGAUGGGAGUAUGGUGCAAGGGGUUUGGUGGAAGGGGUAUGGAUGGAUGGGAGUAUGACGCAAGGGGUAUGGUGGAAGGGGUAUGGAUGGAUGGGAGUAUGGUGCAAGGGGUAUGGUGGAAGGGGUAUGGAUGGUCGAGGGAAAGGGUGGAAUGGGGUAUCAGUGGUUGUAUGGGUGGGAGGAGGUAUGGGUGUAAAAAGGUUUAGGUGGAAAGGCGUAUGGAUGGGAGUGGGUAUAGGUGGGAGGGGGUAUGAAUGAUGGGGUAUUGGUAGGUGAGGGGGGUGCUGUUUAUCAUGAGAAUAAGACUGAGUACAAGUUAUCAAGACAAGAUUCGAACAAUGAGAAAAACAUUUUGAGAUUUCCCUCGCAAUCAUACAUGAUGUUUGAUGUCAUAAAUACCAUAAAUGACUUUUACAAUGAGUCAGACUCUGAUAAGUUAUGCUCUUGAUUCAAUUAUGAGAAUAACGGGUGACGUAACACUUCGAUUUAUGCAUGAAAAUAGUUCUCAUGUCACGUGUCAUUAAGCCGUGAUAUUAUCGUGAAUGUUUGGUCUUCAAGGGAAACUAUCAAAACAUUACACUGGAUCGUUAUUACAGGAAGAGUUUUCUGUUCUUCAGAUUCCUUCCGACACCCUAUUUCAUUGAUCUAUAUUAUGAUAUCAGAUGUUUAUUCAAUAAAUGGGUAAUUGUAAAGCUUUAAGUUAAAAAAUUUUAUAACCGGUUAAUACUUUUUGAAAUUCGAUGUUACUUAACCGGGAAAUUUUCAGUCUCGCUUUAAACGAAAGUCAUUGUCAACCAGUCUCAUCGAACUGUCUCAUCGAACGGUCUCAUCGAACGGUCUCAUCGAACGGUCUCAUCAAACGGUCUUAUCAAACGGUCUUAUCAAACGGUCUUGUUUCUCUGCAGUGUGUGUCCCCCUGUUGGUGCUCCAUCUUCUCGGGGAGCCCGUCACAGUGGGCUUCUUCUGUGAUGACGUGUCCAUCGGUCUCCCUUACAGACCGGACACCAUCUCUCAGGCACUGCUGUUGCUGGCGAGUUUUGGUGGUCCAUUCCUUGUGGUGAGUACCAAAAGGUCAAGUUUAACUUUCAAAAGUGCAUCAUGCACCGUCAUGCUCUAGCAGUUCUAGCAUAUUAUUGAGAUAGGCGAAUGAAUACAAUUAUGACGAUAGCUUUAUUAUGGAAUAGUGUGUGUCAUAUCUAAGACAUUACGUAAUGUUACUAUUUUAGACAAUGUUUCUCGUAAAACAUAGGUUCUAACAAUGUAUUUUAGUAUAUAUAUAUAAAUACAUAUAUAUAUAUAUAUAUAUAUUAUCAUUUUAAAAAAAUUGUGUAAAAAUCUUUCGUAAAAUAAAGUUGUAAACACAGUUUCGUAGAAGUACCGAACAGCUGUUGAGAGAUUGGCCAAACGGAAUACCAAUAUUUUUUAUUGAUAUCUUAAUGAGAUCAGCCAGACUGCGCGCCCGGGUGUUCUAUUAAUAGAUUACGGCCAUUUUUUUUUUAAUUUAACGAAUAAAUAUUUUUUUAAAUAAUAAUUUCCACUAGCCACAGGUCACUUUUGGUCGUACAAGUUGGCAAGUAAAAUUCAAUUUCCAAUGAAGUAAAUAAGAAAAAAAAAAAACAUGUGGAUUUUUUUUCUCCUCUCUAACAGAUCGCGGUGACAGAAAUUAUCCGUGUUGCUGUCGAUUCAAGACAGUCUCACCGUAUGCGAACAGCCCUGUUCACCUACGCUAAGGCCUACGCCGUGUUCCUGUUCGGCAUGGCGACCGUCUGCAUGUUCACCGACAGCAUCAAGUACUCCGUGGGGAGACUGAGACCCCACUUCCUGGAUCUGUGCAAGCCAGACUUCACGAAGUUCAACUGUACAUUUCCGAACGGCGCGCCAAGGUACGGCCCAAUCAAACGGUGGUUUUAUAAUAACCGUGCCAUUCAAUUUUAAUUUUUAACCAGAGAUGGUGUCAAAGAUCUAUAUCUAUGCACGCAGAUAUGUCAAACUUAAAAACAUUAUUAUAUUUGACUUUUUUUUUUUGCGGCAGUAUAUGUCUGUUGUGGAUUUUUGUUUUUCGAGCACCGUUUUGCACAAACAUUUUUGGUGCGGAUUCCGAUGCGCAGUCGUAAAAUGGAUUUCCCAUACAAACCUAAACACCAAACAUCAAUGUCUAAGAAGAACAAAGUGUGGACAUUUUUAGAGACAUUCGUGCGCCGCCAGGUCGGGUUCAUCCCGUGCAUACAGCUGUUGAUAUGGAUCAUGUUCUACCUGAUGAUGAAACUCUUGCUGAUCGCCCUGUCCGACAUCUUUCUGAGAGACUCGGCCUUCAUGAAACUCUUGGUGCUGCAAGGAAGGUGAGUCAGUAAGGCGCACACUAUAUGAUGCACACUAUAUGAUGCACACUAUAUGAUGCACACUAUAUGAUGCACACUAUAUGAUGCACACUAUAUGAUGCACACUAUAUGAUGCACACUAUAUGAUGCACACUAUAUGAUGCACACUAUAUGAUGCACACUAUAUGAUGCACACUAUAUGAUGCACACUAUAUGAUGCAUUGAGAAUUGAUAUGCUGCUAAUAUGCUUUAUCAUCUACAAAGUACGACCCAAAGUCGUCAUUCAAAUAAAAAUAGAUUUUGUGUAUAAUGUGUGGCAGGAUGUAGAAGAUUGUACUGGACACAGGAAACCGUCUAAUGUACGCCUGGAAGUAAGACCCACGUAUAAAUGAUUUAGAAUAUGAAAUUUUAAGUAUAUUUCACUGUUCCACACUAUGCAUAUAUAUAUAUAUAUAUAUAUAUUUGUAAAUGUCUUUUCUUUCUCAGCUUUCAGACGGUCAUAAAUCAGAGACCGGUGAAGUUCCCAAGCGACAUGAUCACCAACACCCUCAUCAACACCAAGGAUGGCUGCGGGGGCGUGGCCAACUAUGACGCCCUGGUGAUCGUCCACACGGCCACCCACCAUUUCCAGCACAGGCUGAACUACAGGGACACCUACGGCAACUACUUGUUUACGGUCCCUUACAGGUUAAAGGUGGUGACCUGUAUGUCAUAUAAUUACCACCUUAGACUAUGGUCCCUUACAGGUUAAAGGUGAUUUACAUGUGUCAUAUACUUAUGACCUUAGACUACUCAAUUCACACCCUAUAAAUUCCACACCCCCCCCCCGGGGGGGGGAGGCAAAUCUGGCUGUAUUGUGCUAGUGGCUGGGAUGAAAAAGUUGUCUCAGAUACUUGCCUCCGCUCAUCACAGGAUUGUUAACCCUCCAUUCCAGAUCGUGUUUUUCAUGGGCAUCCCGGUAGACCCUGCCGAGCAAGAGGCCAUAGAGAAAGAGAACAGGUACUACGGCGACACGGUUCAGGGAAACUUCACAGACACGUAUCAGAAUCUGACCUACAAGGCAGUGAUGACCUUCAGGUGAUGAUGACCUUCGGGUGGACAAGUAUGGGGUUGCAAAACAUGUGUUUGCUGUUAGUUGUGUUUUAGUAGCAUCACUUAGGUUGGUAGCGUACCGUUACAGUUACUCGCCACUCUCUGACCGACGCCCCGCCCACCCACCCCCACUCCGCCAACUUUUUUCUCAGAUGGGUGUCUCAGCAUUGUAAAGGUGUGAGAAUCAUAUUGAAGAUGGACGAUGACGUCGUUUUGGACGUUCACAGGUUUUUCGAAGUAAGUCACAUAACGUCAUUCCAACGUCUCGAAGACGUCAUGGAACCAACAACAUCGAGACUUCUAGAAAUUAAAAAAGCGACUUCAAAUUAAGUUUUUUUUAAAGUCCACGACAUACUCAGUGUCAUGGAAGGUAACCAAUCAACCAAUCAACCAAUUAACCAAUCAAACAAAUAAACAAACAACCCAUAAACCAGUGUUUCCCAAACUUUCGACACCUGUGUACCCCUGUCUAUAAUUUUCGUAACACUAAGUACCCCUCGUUUAAAAAAAAAUUGGAUAUACUUUAAUAAAUAUUUUUUUUAAAUUUAAAUAUUUUUUCCGUUGCAGCGCCUACCCACAGCAAACUCUUCCCGCCCCCCAGGGGUACGCGUACCACAGUUUGGGAAACACUGCACUGAACCAAUCAACCAAUCAACCAAUCAACCAAUCAACCAAUCAACCAAUCAGACAAUCAACCAAUCAACCAAUCAAACAAUCAACCAUGCGUAUGACAUACCAUGUGACGGAUACACAAUUAUAGAAUUUGCCGAAUGUUCAGUGAUAGAUCAGAGGGUCACGUUUGAUGUGCUUGACAGAACGUGUUCGACAUCUUGUGGCUCAUGAUAUGAGAUCAUAGAUAUAUAUACAUAAAUUAUUUUAUAAAUAGUUGUUUUAAAGUUUCCCGAAUUUGUACCUCACACAGGAGUUCUGGUUCCCUCCCCCUUACCAACAGGAAGUCAUCUUCUGCCACAUGUGGAAAUUCGCAGAAGUGGAGAGGGUCGGGAAAUGGGGGAUAUCCACGCGAGAGUACCCACACGAGUUUUACCCGCCGUACUGCAGCGGCUUCUUUGUGGUCAUCAUGCCGGCCAUUGUGGAGGACAUCUAUGAGGUGAGGGGUCAGGCAAAGGGUGUAGGGUCAAAUGAUUAAUGAAUAGUUGGGGCUUGGGGUCAUCAGGCCGGCCAUUGCGGAUGACAUCUAUGAGGUCAGGGGGUCAGGCAAAGGGUGUAGGGUCAAAUGAUUAAUGAAUAGUUGGGGCUUGUGGUCAUCAGGCCGGCCAUUGUGGAGGACAUCUAUGAGGUCAGGGGUCAGACAAGGGGUGUACGGCCAGAUGAUCAAUGAAUAGUUGGGGUUUGUGGUUUUGACAAGAAAAAAAAGAAGAGUGUGUGUGGUUGGGGAGUGGGGGGAGUUGAAGGUAAAAACUGGGCAAGGUUUUAAAAGUAAAAACAUAGAGUGGGAUAAUUGUAAAAAAGUUUGUCAAGUUUAAUUUCUGUUUUUAGGAAUUCGUUUCUGUGUUACGUUACAUAUUUAUAUGUGUGAUAUGUUAAAGUUUUAACGGCUUGGUACUAUAUACAUUGAAGAUUUGAAGCUACAGUAUACAGUGACAUUAAACAUUAUACAUGUUAUACUAACAUAGCUACUUGUUAACGGACACCCCCCCCCCGCAACUAAAUCCCCACCCACAGGCUGCUAAAGCCACGCCAUUCUUGUGGCUUGAUGACGUCUACAUCUACGGCGUUGUCAGGGAAGACAUGCAUGACGUCCAAAUCAUUAACCUGGACGAGGUGGCUUUUCGAGAGGAGCAUUACCUGGCUUGCAACAGAGCUUAUGGCUACAGGUAGCCCUGCGUACAUUGUCGACCUGUAACGUGGCCUAACUGCUGCUGUGUCGGAAAGCGAUAAAGCUUUCAAGUAGAGUAAUGAGACGCAAACAAUAUGUGUAAAUAAAACAGUUUAGGUUAAGCUUUAAUAAUGGUUGAAACAAAUACAAAUGUUAAACGUUUCGGCAAACGCCUUCAUCGGUACAACAACAACAAAAAUUCAUAUAAAUAUCAAUUAAAUUUUAGUAAAAAUAAAUAAUUAUGUAUCCUACCUAAAAAUGAAAGAAAAGAAUAAGAAUGGGCACAAGUCCGUAACGAAAAGUCUCUUUCAAGUAGCAGUGAAAGCUUUGCAUAGCACAACACCACAUGGGCUUCCAUGGUCAUCAUUUAUUCUCAAAGACAGUUGGAUAUUUUUAUAACUGGAUCAGUUCCAUAGCAUAAGACUGUUGGAUUGUCAGUGGCGAAUAGGAAAGGGGGGUGCUGAGGUGGUGUUCUGGGUUCUGCCGCGGGCGACAAUUUUCUCUUCUAAUGUAGAAGCGGAAUUUUCGACCAAGUGAUUAGCUGUCUUGUUUCUUCAAAGUGGGGGCAGAAAAAUCUUGACCCCGCCCUGGGCGGUACUAGCUACGCCACUGUGGAUAAGUUUAAAUAUUUGUUGUUGUUUUUGGUUCAGUCAUUGUCUUCGUUGCUUUUGGGUACACAUCAUGUCGACUGAUAACAUCUUCCACCGGGAUAUUGCCGGGAUAUUUCAGAAACUGUGCCUAGUGGUGUUAAAACCGAUACGUGACUAGAUAACAAAUGUUGUCUCACAUGUUUUGGGCUUUUGUUUUCAUUUGCCUCUUACGUUUGUUCUUUCUCCAGGUGUAAGUAUUGGGUCUCAGUCCUCGGGGAGACCAGGAAAUUCGUCCCCACUCUGAUGACCCUGAGGGCCGAUAGACUGAGAGUACUGGACAUUUGUCACGCCGAAAAGUCGAAGGGAAUUCACUCGGCGUGGUCAUCGGUUGGCAGCUGCUAUAAAGCGUUGAGCCAAGAUAACCAGAGCCAGGCGAAGCACGGCUAUGUCUAGUCCAACCAUCCCAACAAAACCCUGACCGUCACCACGUCAAACCCUGCUGUCGCUUCUCUCAUCAACGCCCACCCACACAAGACCCUCCCUACCCUCAUCACCAGGCCAAAUGUUUCUUUCGAUCAAUGCAUUCAAUGAAUUAUAGUAUCAUUUGAAGUUUAAAUCAUUGAAAAAGGAUUUUUUCCUCUAAACUCAUAAUAAUUUUUUUAAAAUAUUUCAUGUGUUUAAAGCACAACAUACGGCGUGCCAGCUCCCACUUUGCCGCCAGCGAAGUAACGAAAUAUUAUUUAUUCGUUUUAUUUUCUUAUAGCUUUCCCCACUGUCCUAUUUUCUUUUUGCCCCACAAAAGUUUUUGAUAAAGUGUUACGGCCCGCCUUACAUUUUGAGUUGUGCAGGCCUGGUUUAAAGUAUAAGGAUUGACAUCUAUAACACUAUGGCUUGUGAUAUUAUGAAAUAAAAUAUUUAAAAAAAAACUAAUUGAGUUUGGUGUCAGUUGCUUGAUCCGAUGAAUGUAGCUUUGUAAUGUCUUUUUAUGUGAGAUGUGUUAAGCUGGUUUUUUAAAUAAAGAUUUUUAUGAAUUACUGUUAUUGAUUAUAUUCUUUUCUUUUUUUUUUAAAUUAAUUAUUCUUUUAAAGAUAUGUUAAUUUAUCAAAUUAAAACUAUCAAAAUUGAGCGUUUAGAUAUUAAACGUGAUAUUUCUCGACAUAAACACAAAGAAGUGCCAGUUUGACAUAACCUUCAAUUCAUUUGACAUUGUAACUUCAGGCAUCGUUUUCCACUCGGUUUCAUUUCACGUGUGUCAAUGAGAUAGUUGGGCUUUAAAGAUUGUUCACAUUGUAUUUUUUGACCAACAGGUACAUCCUAGAGUACGAAUGUACCAACACUAUGGCUGACGGGAAGCUGCUGACAGAUAGUCAUUUGUCGUUCCCAUCAGGCCAUGCGUCUGUCUCUGUGUACAGUGCUCUGUUCACCAUUGUAAGUAACUCCCCAGUUUAGUGAGGUUGAGUUAAUGGAGCGGAAUCUAUAAAAAAAAAAGUAUAGCCUUAAACUAAAAUCUAUAACCCAUAUGUUAUAAUUUAUGCAAAAAUUAUAAUAUUAAGCCAUAAAAAAUGGAAAUCUAUAGUAUCUCAUCGUCUCCUUAAGCCCAAUAUGUUAUUCUACUAUCAUUUUAUCAACAUGUCCAUACUGUCCACAUAUCAACAUGUCCAUACUGUCCACAAAUCAACGCAUCCAUAAUGUCCACAUAUCAACAUGCCCAUACUGUCCACAUAUCAACAUGCCCAUACUGUCCAUAUAUCAACAUGUCCACACUGUCCACAUAUCAACAUGUCCAUUCUGUCCACAUACCAUCAUGUCCAUAAUGUCCACAUAUCAACAUGCCCAUACUGUCCACAUAUCAUCAUGUCCAUAAUGUCCACAUAUCAACAUGCCCAUACUGUCCACAUAUCAAUGUUCCCAUAGUGACCACAUAUCAACAUGCCCAUACUGUCCACAUAUCAACAUAUCCAUAGUGACCACAUAUCAACAUGCCCAUACUGUCCACAUAUCAACAUAUCCAUCCUGUCCACAUAUCAACAUAUCCAUACUGCCCACAUAUCAACAUGCCCAUACUGUCCACAUAUCAACAUAUCCAUACUGUCCACAUAUCAACAUAUCCAUAAUAUCAACAUAUCCAUACUGUCCACAUAUCAACAUGUCCAUACUGUCCACAUAUUAUGUCCACAUAUCAACAUAUCCAUGUUAUCCACAGUUUUACCUCCAAAUGAGGAUGGAAAUCAAGUUCUCCCACCUCCUCCGCCCUGUGCUUCAGCUGACCUUCAUGGUGUCCGCCGUGUUGUGCUGUGUGACUCGCGUCACUGACCACAAACAUUUCACCACUGACGUCAUUGGUGGUGCUGUGCUGGGAACUGUGCUAGCCUGGCUUGUGGUGAGUUACCUCAACAACCUUAGUUACUUCAGUUGGUUACCUUAGUUACCUCAUUAACCUCAGUUACUUGAAUUAUAUCAGUUACCUCAUCUACCUCAAUUAUCUCAAUGGCUGGGACUAUUCGCACCCGGGUACCAGAAGUGAGAGGUUGGGAUUAAAAAACUGUUUAAAAUAUUACGGUUGGGUUUGUAAGACAAAAUGAGGUAUCAAAUGAAAGAUAAUUGAAUGGACUAAAUGUUUGUAAACUUAUUUCUUCAGUUUAACUAAAAUAAACUGCCACAAAUGACAUCCGAAUGGGAUCUAAACUAAUGGGUCCCGGGAUGCUACAUGUUUUGAAGGUGUUUGUUUAGAUAAAAGGGAUGCUACAUGUUUUGGAGGUGUUUGUUUAGAAAAAAGGGAUGCUACAUGUUUUGAAGGUGUUUGUUUAGAAACAGGGGAUGCUACAUGUUUUGAAGGUGUUUGUUUAGAAAAAAGGGAUGCUACAUGUUUUGAAGGUGUUUGUUUAGAAACAGGGGAUGAUACAUGUUUUGAAGGUGUUUGUUUAGAAAAAAGGGAUGCUACAUGUUUUGAAGGUGUUUGUUUAGAAACAGGUGAUGCUACAUGUUUUGAAGGUGUUUGUUUAGAAACAGGGGAUGCUACAUGUUUUGAAGGUGUUUGUUUAGAAAAAAGGGAUGCUACAUGUUUUGAAGGUGUUUGUUUAGAAAAAGGGGAUGCUACAUGUUUUGAAGGCGUUGUUUAGAAAAAGGGGAUGCUACAUGUUUUGAAGGCGUUUGUUUAGAAAAAAGGGAUGCUACAUGUUUUGAAGGUGUUUGUUUAGAAAAAGGGGAUGCUAAAAGUUUUGAAGGCGUUUGUUUAGAAAAAGGGGAUGCUACAAGUUUUGAAGGCGUUUGUUUAGAAACAGGGGAUGCUACAUGUUUUGAAGGUGUUUGUUUAGAAACAGGGGAUGCUACAUGUUUUGAAGGCGUUUGUUUAGAAACAGGGGAUGCUACAAGUUUUGAAGGUGUUUGUUUAGAAAAAGGGGAUGCUACAAGUUUUGAAGGUGUUUGUUAGAAAAAGGGGAUGCUACAAGUUUUGAAGGUGUUUGUUUAGAAACAGGGGAUGCUACAUGUUUUGAAGGUGUUUGUUUAGAAAAAGGGGAUGCUACAAGUUUUGAAGGCGUUUGUUUAGAAACAGGGGAUGCUACAUGUUUUGAAGGCGUUGUUUAGAAAAAGGGGAUGCUACAUGUUUUGAAGGUGUUUGUUUAGAAAAAUGGCAUGCAUAAGGAAUCUCAAGAUCAAUAAAAUAAUUUUUAAGCACAUUCAUUCCUAUUUCUAUGGCAACUAAUAUUCGAACAAGAUUUUUGGCCACCGGUAUCUUGAGUAUUCAUGUUUGUCGUUUCUUUCCCUCCACAGUUUGAGAAGCUCGGGCGGCGUCUGAUCCCAACCGCCUGCUCAAACAAACCCCCACGUCUACCUCGCGCCACAUCCAUAGAAUCUGAGCCCCAGACGCCCACGCCCUUGCUCAGGCCCGAGCGCCUCAUCAUCAACCACCCCUACAGGCACGGGUCGGGACCCUACACCAAGGAGGACUUUGCCAACAAAGUAUGAGACACCCCCUCUCCCCGGGUCUGUAAACUAAAACACUUGACGAUAAGAAAUCCUGCGGUGAGCGACCGACGCAAUUUCCGUCUUGGUGUUGAACUGGGAAUGUGGACAUAUCUUGAGGUCAAAGUUCAAACCAAAGGGUACCUUUGACCUGAGAGUGGUGAUUUCUCUCUGUAACUUACAAUUGAACAAUGUUAUGUUAAGAUGACAGCCUUGGCGAGCUUUGUGGAAAUCACGUGACUAUCCAGUUUAACAUGAAAGAGUGGUCCAGUGGUCUAUGACAAUCUUGGCGAAGGGGAAACAGGUCCAAAAGGGAAAAGAUUCAUUUUUUUUUAUUCUGCAAGAUGCUGGCGCAGUUCGUCUUUCUGUAUAUCAACCAUGUAUCAACCAUGUCCUGGUUUGUUUAGACUUUGAUGAUGCUGUGUUUUAUAGAGUAAGCUUCUUGUUUAAAUAGCUUUUUGGGUUUUUUGUUGACAACUGUGUAAAUAUAACGUGAAUAUGUCUUUUUUUAAUUGUUUUACACACGAAAUAAGUGCAAUUAUGUUUCUGUGAAAUUAUUCCAAUGAAGACAAUUUCAGUUGUACUCUUCUUUUUUCGCCACCAGCUUACAACUUACAUUUUGAAAACUUUUAUUGAAGGAAAAAAAGUAGAAUGUAUUGUAGCCUGCAUCAAAGAAGUGGAAAGUAUUUCUUUUUAUUGUUAAAUAUAGUUUUCAGUAUAAGCCCAGGAAUUUAGGUUUUUAAAAACUUAUAAUUUUCAAAAACCUUUUAUCCCAUGUUAGCUCUUUCUACUGAUAUUUUCUGAUUGGCUAAACCAUUCAAAGUCAACCAAUGAGAUCAAAGUAUGAUUGGAGAUAGUGUUUUUUUUUGUUUUUUUUUUAACUUCCGGUUGCCAAACGUGAAUUCAAACAUUUGUUCAUCAAAACAUUUACAUAUUGCAUUAUUGCGGGGAUAUAUUAUUUAUUAGGGACAUGUAACAUUGCACCCAAUUCCAUUAUAAAUAAGUUAUACACAAAUGUUAUGUUAUAUCCCAAAUAGUGUUUUAUUGGGAUAAAUUAGCCCUAUAAAUAUAAAUAUAUAUAUAUAUAUUUAACAUUAACUUUUUGUAACAUUCUAUUUAUUAUUUAUAUCAAUAUUGUUACCAGUUUAAUUUCAUUAUAUAACGCGUAGUGGCAGUAGUGAUUACUAGUAAACUUUUGUAUGUAGAGUAUGUUGAACAGUUUAGCCAUAGCAGAUGUUUGAAAAAUGAAGACUCAUUAUGUUAGAGUCUUGGUGUUAAACGUCCACAAAAGCUGGAGAUUGGCCUUGUAAAGUCUGAUCGUAGCUCUAGGAAAUGUAAAAAAAAUCAACACCUGGGCUCUAGGAAAUGUUAGAAAACUGGGCUCUAUAAACUUUAAAAAACUGGGAUCUAGAAAAUGUUAGAUAACUGGGCACUAUAAAAAUGUAAAAAAACUGGGCUGAAGGAAGUGUUAGAAAACUAAACUGGGCUCAAGGAAGUGUUAGAAAACUGGGCCCAGGGAAGAAAACUGGGCUCUGGGAAAUGUGGGAAAACUGAGCUAUAGGAAAUUUGGAAUAAUUCCGUUGUAUGAAAUAUUAGUCAUCUAAUCCUAUUGUUUUAAAACAUUAGAUCUAUUGCUAAGAUGAGAACGUGGUAUUGGCUAUGUGCAUGUGGAACACAUUCCAGUGUAAAUAAUGUAUAGUUAGUUCUUUACUGCCUGAUGCUAGGAUCGUAUAAGUUAUUAGCAUAUAAGAUGUAGAAUAACAUUUGAAUAUAAAAAAA